UGAGUGCGAUUGGGAAGGCAUUAGUGCCCAGGGGCCACAAUCCAGCUUGCUGGAAGGAAACUUGGGGACAUCUGUAAGGAGAGGAAAAGGAAGGACCUGAGGAGAAACAAUAAAGGAGGGCAUUAUAGAUCCUUUGGAGCCAAGGACUAGAACUGACUUGCAAGACCUGUACCGACGAGGGGUUUCACGAGCACACUCCUUUGCCAAGAUCUUGGUGAAUAAUCUUUCACCAUGUUCUUGUGUCCUGGACAUUGUUCUACCUGUUAUCAUGAUCAUGCUUGGCUGGAUUCUUUUUGUUGCAUUUGCAUAUUACAUGGGCACAUUUCUGGAGUUCACUCCUCCAGCUCUGAAGUGGAAAGAGAAGUGGCCUGAGGAGAGCAAGGCACAACUGAGGACCCAGGCUUUGGAUGAAGAACCACAACUAUGAGAACCAUGUCGAAGGGAUAGAAGUAUCCCACAGAAAGGACC